AUGACUUCGGAAGUGACUUUCAAUAUUUUGGAUAGUUUAAGUGAUUUUAAUUUAAGUGCUAAUCUAAGUGAAACUUUGCAGUUUGGUUCUGACUUAGACAUAUUGUUUCAGCCGGAAAAUGUUUUGAUUGCGUUAUACGUUCCAGUAAUAUUGUUGUCACUUGUCAGUAAUAUUCUACUGAUAGUGGUUGCUGUGAAGUGUCAUUACACUAAGAAUGUCACGAACAUUUUCCUAGUAAACUUGUCUGCCGCCGAUCUCCUGGUUACGGGGGUUUGCAUGCCUAUCCAGCUGAGCAAAGCCAUAACCUUGGUGUGGUUCUAUGGAGAAACAGUUUGCAAGAUCGUGAACUACAUUCAAGGUGUAGCAGUAGCCGCCAGCGUUUUCACCCUGACCACUAUGUCAGUGGAUCGCUGGCUGUCAAUAGCUCCAGAGCCUCGCCUCCGACCGCCAGGACGUAAGCAAGCGCUAAUGCUCCUCGUGUUGCUGUGGGUCGCGGCGCUGGUGAUCUUCAUACCACUCCUGAUAGUGGCGUGUGUUAAGAAGGAGUCUGUACCUGUUAUUUCUAAGGCUUAUAAAAAUAUUUCGAUAGAAACUAGGGAUGUAUAUUUCUGUACAGAGGAAUGGCCCAGCCAAGAAACUCGAAAACAAUUUGGAACCUUAAGCUUUACCCUAGUGUAUGCGAUACCAGGUUCAAUUACGAUCCUGUCAUACGCCUGUAUGGGUCGCACUUUGUGUUCGGUGCGACCUCCCUUUGAUAUCGACGAAGGUAACAUCAGCAUGCAACAGGGUCUAAGACUGAUGAAGGAGCGGAAGCGGGUUGCGUGGUUACUCUUACUAUUAGCUGUUCUGUUCGCUUUGUGCUGGUUGCCGUACAAUAUCAUGCAACUGCUGCUGGACAUAAACGCCGUCAAUCCGAAGGACUUGAGCAUGUAUUUACCGUACGCUUUGUUUGUUGGUCACGCGAACUCCGCCAUCAAUCCAAUAGUCUACUGCUUAAUGACGAGGAACUUUCAACGAUCCGCGCACAAAUUGCUCUGCGGCCGAGCCAUGUGUCAACAAACUAAAUUUACGUGGAGAUGUACGCAAAAGCCUGACGGAUCUUCAAGCGACUAUGAGCUUUAUCAUGAACCACACAAGAGGUGUUAUUUGCAAAUGAAUGCUCUACGACAUAACGGCCACGCGCAUGGCAUGCAGGCAUCGCGACGCAUAGAGCCACGCGCCACGACUCAGCUGAGUCACGUGACGCGCUCGUCGCGUAGAACUGCACCCGCCCAUGCGCUGUCCGUCGAAAUGUUGCAACGCCACGGUCACCUUGAUUAUAAACGUUAAUAAAUGUAUUAUAAAAUA